GGGGUCCUUCAGUCACCCGGAAGUAGCGGCAAUGUUUACAAACCCGCGAAACACGUGAGAGAUUGACAGCGCUGUAUUAACAACAUGAGGGUUGUCGCGUUGAUAAGUGGAGGUAAAGACAGCUGUUAUAACAUGAUGCAGUGUGUGUCAGCUGGACACACUAUAGUGGCUCUCGCCAACCUUAUGCCUCACAAACAUGUUGUUUCAGAUGAACUGGACAGUUAUAUGUACCAGACAGUUGGACAUCAGGCGGUGGAUCUGUACGCCGAAGCCCUUGAUCUGCCCCUGUACAGGCGCAUUAUUGAGGGCUCCAGUCUGGACACGGGAAGAGAAUACAGUCAGAGAGAUGGAGAUGAGGUGGAGGACCUUUACCAUCUCUUACAGCUUGUCAAGGAAAAGGAGAAUAUCGAGGCGGUGUCUGUGGGGGCGAUCCUGUCCGAUUAUCAGAGAGUGCGUGUGGAGAAUGUGUGUGCACGACUGCAGCUGCGACCGCUGGCGUAUCUGUGGCGCAGAGAUCAGGCUGAACUCCUCAGAGAGAUGAUAUCCAGCGGACUCAACGCCAUCCUCAUCAAAGUGGCGGCGUUCGGACUGGAUCCAGAGAAACAUUUAGGAAAGUCACUGGAUCAGAUGGAGUCCUAUCUGCAAGAGCUUUCACAGAAGUAUGGAGUUCACAUCUGUGGUGAAGGCGGCGAAUACGAGACCUUCACCACGGACUGUCCGCUCUUUAAGAAGAAGAUCGUGAUCGACUCCAUGGAAACCGUCAUCCACUCGGCUGAUGCGUUCGCUCCAGUGGGUUACCUGCACUUCACACAGAUGCACACGGAGGUCAAACGUCAGGACUCUGACGGCCGGCCGGUGGCUCUCUGUAAAUGUCCUUGCCAAAACACCAUUGACAGAAUGAAGGAGGAGCUGAAAUCUGCUGGAGGAGAUCCAGACGUCCUAGAAGAUCGUCCGUCAAACACAGAGAGCUGCUGUGAGGAGGAGACGGUCGGUGGACAGUCUUCAGUGUCACAGAGGAGUGCAGCGGGUUAUCAAUGGAUAACAGGACUGACCGACCCACACGCAGACGUCCAGAGUCAAACCCGACAAGUUUUCACACUCCUGCAAAGUGAAGUGCAGGCGAGAGGUUUGCUGUUGGAUGAUGUUGUUCUGGUUCAUCUGUAUGUCAGCGAUCUGCAGAACUUCAGUCUGAUCAACUCUGUUUACUGCAGCUUCUUCAAACACAAUCCACCGGCGAGGGUCUGCGUUCAGCUCCCUCUCCCCGGCCAGCAGUUUCUCAGGGUGGACGUUCUGCUUCACCACCGCACGGAAGUUUGUGAGGACGAGGAGACAUUUCACCAGAGAGAUGUUCUUCACGUUCAGGGUCUGUCUCACUGGGCUCCGGCAAACAUCGGCCCCUACAGUCAAGCUGUGCGGGUGGAUGAAGUUGUGUUGUGUGCGGGACAGAUCGCUCUUGUACCCUGUACCCUCCGGCUGGUGAACGGAUGUGUGGCUCUACAGACUCGACUCUGUUUCAGUCAUGUGGAGAAAGUUCUGAACGCUGUGGAUUCAAACCUCACGCUCAAUCAUGUGAUGCACAUUCACAUAUACGUCACAGACCGUAAACACAUCCCCACCGUCAUGACCGCCUGGAGGAGAAAGCUCCACAGCAUCCGGCUGGACCGUGAGGCAGAAGCUCAGAUUCAAACAAGCGUUGUCGUGGUGUCGUCUUUACCUCGAGGAGCCGCCGUUGAACCGCACGUCAUAGCUGUCCUGGAUGAACCCAGCCACAGAACUUCCUGUCACAUGACAUCACAGAUAGCGGGCGGUACCGUUGAGUGUGACGUACUGCAGUCCAGCUGCGGCCGAUAUGCCACCGCGUCUGUGUCCUUGUGUUUGAGAAAUCCAGCAGCCGAGCUGACGAGAGCAGAGGACAUCAUGGAUGCUCUGGUGUCUUCAGUCCAGGAUGCUCUUGAGAAGACCGAUAAGAAUCUCUCAGCGCUGUGUGCCAGAGUUUUCUAUCAGAGCCACAACACAUUGCUCAAAGAGAUCGCCACAGGGUUCGAGAGUCGUCUGAGGAAGGUUCUGGAGCGAUCGGCUCCUGCGGUGGCUCUGGUUCCCGUUCACCAUCUGCCCGAGCGUUGUGUUCUUCACAUGUGCUGCUGGAUGAGCGUUUAGAGCGUGAGCUUCAUCUGAGAACACCAAUGAAUGUUAUCAUCUGGAAAUCAGUUUUAUUGUCCGAUGCUUUAGUUUUGUCGACAGUUUUUCUUCCGUCUAGUGUUGUUGUAUGGAUGAAUGUGAGACACACAGAAAGAGUGAAUCACACAAAAUGAUUCUGUCAAACAUUCCCCUGCACGUGACUCAAUAAAUCUCAAUUAAAUCAA